AUUCCCACUAUGGUGACAUGAAUAUAUAUACUACCUUCGUAGUUUUAAAACGCACACAACUCUUCGUGAAGAAAAUCGAUCAUAGUCAGAAAUGGGGUGUUGAUCUCAAAAUCAAGACAAACUAGCAACAAGCUAUGGCCGAAGUUGGCCCUUCCGACGAGCAACAAUCUCCAGAAAAUGCCAGCAGCCGGAGAGAAAUCUCCGAGAAACAGAGCAAAGCCGUCGAAAAAGUUGCAUACUACAAACUCUUUUCCUACGCAGACGCCACAGAUUGGGCGUUGAUGGUGAUCGGAGUCAUAACAUCCGUGGCGAGCGGUUUGGCGUUGCCGCUCAUGACUUUCCUCUACGGAGAAUUGGCCAACGCGUUCGGCCACAACGUCGGUAACCAAGCCGUUGUCCAUGAAGUCUCCAAGGUGGCCUUGAGGUUCUUUUAUCUUGCCUUGGGGUCAGGAGUAGCUGCUUUUUCUCAGGUAUCUUGCUGGAUGAUCACCGGAGAAAGGCAGGCUGCUCGGAUUCGAAACUUAUACCUCAAAUCUAUACUGAGGCAAGACAUUGGAUACUUCGACAAAGAGACAAACACAGCACAAAUUGUGGAGAGGAUGUCUAGUGAUACUGUUAUCAUUCAAGAUGCCAUGGGAGAGAAGAUUGGGAAGCUGAUACAGCUUCUAUCAUCAUUUGUUGGAGGCUUCAUCAUAGCUUUUGCAAGAGGAUGGCUUCUCACUCUUGUUCUUAUCUCUGUGAUCCCUGCCCUCGUCGUUGCAGCUGCUUUCAUGACAAUUGUGUUGACAAGAUUGGCAUCCCGUGGCCAGACGGCCUACACAGAGGCCGCUCUUUUGGUUGAGCAGACAAUUGCCUCAAUAAGAACUGUAGCGUCUUUCACUGGGGAGAGGCGAGCGGUUGACAGAUAUGAAAAAUCUCUGCAUAAAGCUUAUAAAGCCGGCGUGCAGGAGGGCUUGGCCGCGGGAUUAGGCUCUGGAGUUUCUAUGUUGGCCCUCUACUGCAGUUACGCGUUGGCGGUCUGGUUUGGGUCCAAAAUGAUCAUUGAAAAAGGCUAUACUGGAGGCCAUGUUUUGAACAUCAUGAUGGCUAUUCUGUUGGGAUCAUUUUUCUUGGGGCAAAUAUCCCCGUGCUUGAGUGCAUUCUCAGCCGGCCAAGUUGCUGCUUUCAAAAUCUUCGAGACGAUAAACAGGAAACCAGAUAUCGAUCCCUACAGCAUAGACGGUCGCGUUUUGGAAGACAUAAAGGGGGAUGUAGAGCUCAGGGAUGUGGAUUUCAGCUAUCCAUCAAGGCCAAAUGAUAUGAUCUUCAGUGGCUUCUCUCUGAGAGUAGCAAGUGGGAUCAAACUGGCCUUGGUUGGGGAAAGUGGGAGUGGGAAAUCAACCAUUAUUAGUCUUGUUGAGAGGUUCUAUGAUCCACAGAGAGGUGAGAUUUUGAUUGAUGGGAUCAAUAUCAAAGAGUUUCAAGUGAGGUGGAUUAGAGGGAAAAUUGGUCUAGUAAGCCAAGAGCCCGUGCUGUUCGCCUCGACAAUAAGAGACAACAUUGCCUAUGGCAAGGACGGGGCGUCCCUCGAAGAAAUCAGAGGCGCUGCAGAGCUUGCCAAUGCUGCUAAGUUCAUCGACAACCUUCCUCAGGGGCUUGACACGAUGGUCGGGGUGAAUGGAACUCAGCUCUCGGGAGGGCAGAAGCAGAGGAUAGCGCUAGCCCGAGCGAUUAUAAAAGACCCGAGGAUUCUGCUACUGGACGAAGCCACAAGCGCUCUUGAUGCAGAGUCGGAGAAGAUUGUGCAGGAGUCGCUAGACAAGGUCAUGAUAGACAGGACCACCAUCAUCGUUGCCCAUCGCCUAACCACGGUGAAGAAUGCGGAUUCCAUUGCCGUGAUCCGCGACAGAAAAAUUGUUGAAAAAGGUACACAUUCGGAGCUAAUCCAAAAUCCACACGGACCCUACACUCAACUAACUCAACUUCAACAACUCGAAAUACAAAACCCCGAAGCCGACACCAACGAAACCUCCGGCAGCCACCGCUACUCGUCGUCAUUGGAAACGGGCAACAGCGCCCGCCAUCCCUUCAACACAGAGACGACAGAGGCAGCGCCACAAACCACGCCCGACUCAACAAAGCCCAACUUCUCCCUCUACCGCCUCGCCCUUCUGAACAAACCCGAGCUCCCGGCGCUAAUCCUGGGGUCCACCGCCGCGGUAUCAAACGGCAUAAUCCUCCCCCUCUUCGGCCUCCUCUUCUCCGGCGCCAUCAAGAGCUUCUACGACCCGCCCCACCAGCUCCGGCGCGAGUCCAAAUUCUGGGCGGGCAUGUUCAUCGCCCUCGGCGCGGCGUCUCUGCUGGCGACCCCGACGAAGACGUACUUCUUCGCCGUGGCAGGGUGCAGGCUGAUCAAGCGCCUGAGGCUCAUGUGCUUCGACAAGGUGGCUCAUAUGGAGAUCAGCUGGUUCGACGAGGCCGAGAACUCGAGCGGCGCUGUCGGCCUGCGGCUCGCGGCGGACGUCAAGUGCGUGAGGAGCCUGGUCGGAGAAUCGCUGGGUUUGGUGGUGCAGAAUGUUGCGACGGCGGUUGCGGGUUUGCUGAUUGGGUUCGAGGCGAGCUGGGAGCUGUCGCUUAUAGUGAUGGCGAUGCUGCCGCUUAUUGGGCUACAUGGAUAUGUUCAUAUGAAGUUCGUUCUCGGUUUCAGUGGCGACUCGCAGAAGUUGUACGAGGAAGCGACUCAAGCUGCGAGUGAUGGUGUAGGAAAUAUUAGAACCGUAGCUUCAUUUUGCGCGGAGGAGAAGGUGAUGGAGCUUCACCGGCAAAAAUGCAAGCAGCCGGUGAAACUAGGGACGAAGCAUGGGCUGCUGAGCGGAGCAGGUUUUGGGAUGUCCGUCUUCUUUCUAUACUCGGUAUAUGCCGUUAGUUACUAUGCUGGGGCUCGACUCGUUCAUGCCGGACAUAUUACAUUUGGAGAAGUUUUUCGUGUGUUCAUCGGACUGACGAUGACCGCUGUCGCUAUAUCCCAGUCCGGCGCCCUUGCGCCCGACAGUGGGAAAGCGAGAGCCGGGGCCGCAUCUAUUUUCAAGCUUCUUGAUCGGAAAUCCGCAAUCGAUUCUUCGGAGAACUCAGGCAUGGUCCUAGAAAACAUGAAGGGGGAUAUUCAGUUUCACCAUGUUAGCUUCAACUAUCCUAGUAGACCCGAUGUUCAAAUUUUCAGAGAUAUAUGCUUAUCAAUUCAAUCGGGCAAGACCAUUGCUAUUGUUGGAGAAAGCGGAAGUGGGAAAUCAACUAUCAUUUCUCUAUUGCAACGAUUUUAUGAUCCAAAUUCAGGUGAGAUCACACUUGAUGGUCUAGAAAUCAAGAGAUUGAACUUGAAAUGGCUAAGGCAACAGAUGGGGCUUGUGAGCCAAGAGCCGGUUUUAUUCAACGACACGAUACGAGCCAAUAUCGCCUACGGAAAGGAAGGCGACGCCACAGAAGCAGAGGUUUUUGCAGCUGCUGAAUUGGCUAAUGCUAACAAAUUCAUCAGUUCCUUGCAAAAGGGGUACGAUACAAUAGUCGGCGAACGGGGAAUACAAUUAUCCGGUGGGCAAAAACAGCGAGUUGCGAUUGCACGAGCUAUAGUGAAAGAUCCGAAGAUUAUGCUACUUGAUGAAGCCACAAGCGCUCUUGAUGCCGAAUCCGAAAGGGUCGUUCAAGGUGCUUUAGACCGAGCCAUGGUAGACAGGACCACAAUAGUGGUUGCUCAUAGAUUAUCCACUAUCAAGAAUGCUGAUUUGAUUGCAGUCAUAAAAAAUGGAGUCGUAGCUGAAAAAGGAAAGCAUGAGACGUUGAUUGAUAUGAAACAUGGCAUCUAUGCUUCUUUGGUGGCACUUCACAAUAGUGCUUCUUCUUAAAAAUAUUUCUUGUAAUUUUUUUCAUUACCAAAAGAUUGUCUUACAAUUGAAUAAAUAAUGGUAUAACAUUGAGGUUAAGGUUUUAUCCAA